AUGACUCCAGAAGACCCCCUCAACCUCAAACAAUACAAAGCAACCAUCGCCGAACAAAAGAAACAAUGGAUCCCAUACUCCUUCAACAACGACGAAAAGCUGAACGGGUUCUACAAACAGCAGAAUGAAAUGAUCGAAGGCUUCCUCUCCAGCGGCGACGAAGAGCGCCUAAAAGCCGAAGACGAAGCCCAAAACGGCGGCAAAGUCAAGCUCGCCGUGCGUGCCAGCUUCGUGGUCAACUUCUUACUCUUCGUGAUCCAGCUAUACGCAGCCGUGACCACCGGCUCCUUGGCUCUGUUCGCCACCGCCGCAGACGCUUUCAUGGACCUCGUUUCAUCCAUCGUCAUGCUCGUCACGUCUCGCAUGUCCUCGCGUCCAAAGCCAUACAAGUACCCCGUGGGACGGCGCCGUGUCGAGACCAUGGGCGUCAUCAUGUUCUGCGCCUUGAUGACCAUCGUGGCAGUGGAGCUGAUCAUCGAGUCAGCCAAGGCACUGGCUGCGGGCAAGACGGAAUCUGCUCAGCUGGCUCUCGUACCACUGAUCUGCGUGGGAAUUGCUAUUUUCUCCAAGUUCGUCAUGUUUUUGUAUUGCUUUGGGCUGCGCCGGUAUCCAGCUGCGCAUGUUUUCUACAUCGACCACCGCAAUGAUCUUGCGGUCAAUGGGUUUGGAUUGAUCAUGUCCAUCGUUGGGGAUCGGUUCGUCUGGUACCUGGACCCCAUUGGCGCGUGCUGCAUUGCACUGCUCAUUCUGUUUUCAUGGGCAUCUACCGCGUUCGAGAACAUGUGGUUGAUUGUGGGCAAAUGUGCUCCUCGGGAGUUUGUGAAUAAGUGCAUAUAUGUGACUUUGACUCAUGAUCAGAGAAUUCAAAAAGUGGACACGACACAGUGUCGCGCCUAUCACUCUGGACAGCAGCUAUAUGUUGAGGUUGAUAUCGUCAUGGAUCCUGAAACUAAACUCCGAGAGUCUCAUGAUGUAAGCCAAGCAUUGCAGCGCAAGCUGGAAGGUCUUGCAGAUGUUGAGCGAGCCUUUGUGCAUGUCGAUUAUGACUAUGAGCACGAUAUCAAUGAGGAACAUAGGCCAUUGUAUGAUGUUGGUGGAUCGGGUCAUUCCAUUAGAGCUUUGCUGAAACGUCUGUUUGCUAAGACAACUACUGUAUAA